UUUUUUGUUUAUUUGCAGUUGAUCACCCUGACACGGCCUUUUAUCCGGAAGAUUUCGUAUCUGAUGCUCGUGCAGUUGUUUCGCGCGUCCAAGUAAGCUGGAAGGAUAUCACCAUCGAGAGGAUUCGACGAGUGCUCGACAGAAUCUCGAGGAGUAAGUUUCUUCUUACGAUCACAUGUUUUCCUCCAACUUAUGUCAGUCACGAAAUUUAUCUCAUCCAGCUUGCUACUCUUUUUCAGAGGAUUGGAGGUCUGAUCUAUUACCUUUGAUUACCGGUAACAAGCGACGGUUUUCGAUAUUCAGUAGUGCCGAGCAAAAGAUCAUCAACGCGGCCAGGGAAAUGAAAGAGCUUCCAGACUUGAGUGCGCUAAUCAAGAAAAAGCUGAGCGAGGCAAAAAGGGGAUCUUCUGCGACUCCUAGCGAGACAACUCCUAGUGGGACGACUCCUCGCGAAGAGACUCCUCGUGAAAAGACUCCUCGCGAGAAGACUCCUCGUGGAGCAAUUCCUCCCGCUCCUCUUCCUCUUGCAGUUUCUCCCAGACCGUCUUCGGGCCCAGUUAUUGUCGGCUCCUCGAGGGAGGAUCUCACAUUGAUCUCUGAACGAGAGACUGCUGAACCAUCGGUGACUGGUGGCAAUAAGAAGAGAUCUGCUCCUGACUCCUCUACGCCGGCUACCUCUCAAGCAAGGACCGAAUCCGAUGGUCCUCCGAAGAAGAAAAAGAAAAAUGAGAAGAAGAAGAAGAAAUCUGCUGAGGAACAGUCGGAGCCUGCUGAGGACACCGGGAAUCGUGAGACUGUUAUCGAGAAAAGUCUUUCUCGCGAUGCUGCGGCUCGGGGAGUCGUCGAUUCGGAUAACUCCCCGUCCAUCCCUCUGAAGAGGAAAAAGAGUUCCCGCAGUCAUGAGUUGUCUACUCCGGCUUCGUCUGCUUCUGCUGCGAAGAUUCCUCCAGCUGCACCUCAGACUCUUGUUGAAGGCGGUUCGACCUCUGAAGAUCGUCGGGUCAAAUUUCGUGACCACGUGGAGUUCAAGUACGUCGGCGAAACUCCUCUCUCUUUUGCCCCGACUGACUGUGCUGAGCUUGUUCGGCAAAUUAAGGGUGGUCGCAAGGACCUGCCCGCUGUCAAGGACCUUAUUUUCAAGGACGCGUAUGUCGAUGCGGCGAGGACUAAAAUUCUGAGCGACGGGAGCAUGAACUACGUCGUCGAGUUAUAUGAUUCAGCCCUUAAGGAGGCCACGUCCAAGUUAAAGCAAGCCGACAAGCUCGCUCGAGCGAAGGAUGUAUCUCAUGACCGCAAGACGAAGGAAUUUAAGGCGACAAUUGAUAAGGUCGCGGAGGAACGGGCUCAACUGAUUGAGAGGAAGAAGGCUCAGAAGGCUCAUUUCCUGGAGAAAUUCGGGGAGUUGAAAGAUAAAUUUGAUGCUGCGGGUGUAAAGAUACGAGGACUUGAGGAGGAGAAGAGGGCCUGGUUAAGAGAGAAGGCAGCCAUGGAGGAGAAGAUGGUGUCCACCGCGCUGAGGCACUUGAAAGAGGUCAACAGACUGAGGGACUCUCGGGGUCAUGAGGUUACUCACGAGCGGUUUCGUGUACAGACGGCCAUGAUUGCUAAGAGCAACAAGCGUUUCUCCCAAAUUCGAGAUCUCGAGAAGCGUCGUAGUGAGUUUGAAACAGUUAGAUCCUUGCAGAGCCAAGCUUUUGGGACAAAGAAAUGCCUCGAAGCGCUUAAGGAGAGCGGGAUCGACAUUCCGCAAGAGACGAUUGACUUGUUCGCCGAACAAGAGAAGGAGUACGAAACUGCGGCUGAUCGACUAGCUGUCGGAGGAAUUCCCGAGGAGCUUCUCUGUCUUUCUCCUCUUCAUCUUCGAUCUCCUUUUCUAAACGAGAAUGUGUGGGCGACGAUCGACCCAUAUGGAUCGAACGCGGGCCUGAUUGAUGCUGGGACCGCUGCUUUCCUUCAAACUCCUAGUAGUUCUCAAGGAGAUCAUGCGAACGAAGAAUCUGUAGAACCAUCUGGAAGAGAGCUCGGGGAGCCGUCUUUUCAUGAAGGUAGGAUCGUUGGUGAGGUUGCAAGGCUCGAGGAUACGACCGUUGCACCUGCUUUGGAUCCGACUACGCUCUCCACCAGCAUCGUUGUGAAUGAAGAUCCGUUGGUCCCGGCUCUUGGGACUGGUGCCGAGACGAGGACAGAGGCUGUUAAUCUUCUCGAACUCUCAGAUUCUUCGACUGAAGAAGAGGGUGGCGAACACCCGGAGGAGACUGAAUCUGGUUUAGUUGGUAACCCGCAAAAUGAAGAGGGAAUGGCCGACAGAAUUGACAAUCUACCAGUCCUUCCAGCGGACGUGACUGCUCAGGUCGUCGAGGGAGGUUCCAACCGUGCCGAAGACUAGCUUAAUAUGUUGUUGUUGUUUCUUUUAGACUUUUGGUUUUUGGCCCUUGGAGGCUUUUGUUGAUGUAAUAUCUGGAUUUAUUUUGCUUUUGCGGCUAUCUGUUGUUUCAGACUUUCAGUAAGUUUGCUCUCCUUAGAAGUUAUUUCUGAAACAGAAUUUGCCUUAGUCAUAGAGAAAUAGUUUCGUGGACUCGAGGAUGUGAGUUAGCCUUCGACGAGUCGCUGAAAUCUAUUUUAAAUGUUGGAUUUAAACGAUUUGGUUUGGCAAUCUGGUCGAUGUCUUGAAUUAAACCGGAAAGUCGAUGACUUGGUUUUAUCAAAUUUUUACACAUCAUGCCGUCAGUUCGAGUCAUCGAUAAUCAACACAAAUUUUCGAGUUUCGAAGACAAUCGUUUAUAUUUUCGAGCAACAACGGUUUUCUAAUCGAUCUUUAAGUAAUCCAAAAAAGAAAUAUUAGGUUGGCCAAUCCCGGCUUUAGAGGAUUAUAAGAUGACUGAAAGUUGUCGUCUCGAUCGCACGGGUCGGGACCGCGAUACGACCGAAGAAUCCCUCGAGCACGUGUCUGAUCAGGACAUGCCCGUUAGUGGGUGCGAGUGCUAGUACGUUUGUCCGAGAGACAAGGUCGUGCUCGUGCGUAAGCAUCGCUUAAAACAAUUCGCGCUCCUACUUGUUGGGAGAUUGUUUUUGUUAUAGCUGGACCCGGUAAAGGGCUGCCUACGUACCUCUAGGAGAGGAUCAAGCCAUUCGUAGUUCGUUUUGGUUAGUGAAAGUGGCAGUGGAUGCGCAUUCACUGGUUUUUUUUUUUUUUUUUUUUUUUUUUUUUU